UUGCAGAGUUUCAGACUUCUCAGUUUUGAAUUUGCCUGCUACUGCUGAACACUAUCAGUGCCAAGAAUGCAUUUGGCCAUCUGGACUUAUGGUAUUUUAAUCCUGACUUCAGAAGCAGCAAAGUAUACUUCCAGAUGUAGAUACCCCAUUCAACACAGAGUGGAUCGCUCCAAUACCAACUUAACAAGAGUGCCAUCAAGCCUGCCUCCGGACACUCAGUAUCUGGAUCUGUCACACAACAACAUAAGUAUGAUUGAGAGUGGCGAUAUGAUAGGUCUUCCAAAACUUUGUGUACUGAAGCUGUCUCACAAUGGUCUCAUGAGAAUCUCCUCCUCGACAUUUUUAAACAAUACUGAGCUACAAGUCCUUGAUCUUUCAUACAAUGCCUUAGAUAUCAUCCCUGACUUGGGGUCACCAAUGAUUAAAAUUCUUGAUUUAUCUGGAAAUUUAUAUGAAAAUUAUACUCUUGGAAGCUCUUUCAAAAAGAUGACCAGUCUUCAGUUUCUUGCUCUUGGAAGCCAUAAGGCUAGAUUCAUUAAGACCUCUGAUUUUUUGCCUUUAAGUCAUGGAAAUCUAAAGCACUUAUACUUAGGAGAUGGCAUAGACCUUGUACAGUAUGAAAAUGGUUCAAUUGCACAACUGGUAAAUUUGAAGGAGAUUACACUUGUGAUGUCAUUUUGUGAGAAAUUUCACUUUUUUGGAGCUAUCCUCAGAGACCUAGAUGAAACUGGUUGCCAGCAGAUUAACCUAGUUAAGUUUCUUCCCGAGCAGUGCAAUGUCUCAGUGGACCCAUUUGUGGAGCUUAAAAACAAACGGGCUUUAGCAAAUUUGAUUUUCUUGGAUACCUGGUUUAAUAGUUCAGUGAUGUCAAAACUGCUUUGGAAUGUGGCUCAGUCACCACUCCAAAUGAUUAAUUUUUCCAAUAUCACAUUCUCCCAAGACAGUCCUGAUGGAGUUCAGUUUAAUGGUGUCCCAGGCUUCAAUCAAACAAGCCUCAGAAUGCUUAUUAUAGAAAAUGUUCUACAUUACCAGUACAACUACCCAAAAUUUAAUAUCAGUGUUUCCUUCUUUUAUCAGCUUGUAUACUUAAAGUUUUCAGGAACAGGAAUGAAUAUCUUUCCUUGUGACCUAAUAUCCUCUCUUCCUGCCCUUGAGGUUCUGGAUUUGUCAGAUAACCUCUUAAAUGAAGAUGGAUUUUGGUGGUCAUUGUGCACGUUCACUCAUGUCUUCCCUUCAUUAAAGCAACUGUAUUUGAAUAAUAAUAGGUUCAUUAACCUGGCCAGUAUCUCUAAAAAUGCUCAUGUUAUCAAAGGCUUGCAAGUGCUGGAUCUAGCAUCUAACUCUUUAGCACUUCAAGGUAAAUGCUCCUGGCCUUCUCACCUGACCAACCUUAGUCUGAGCAACAACAAUCUGGGCAAUUCAGUCUUCAGCUGCUUGUCUCCAUAUCUGAAAAGUCUUAAUCUUUCAAAGAUGGGUAUCACUUACAUAACUUAUGAGGUGCUGGUCCAGCUACCCAACAUAACACACCUCUACCUGAGUUCAAAUAAUAUUAAUUCUCUGCCUGGUGAUCUUCGUGCCCCCUACUUGCAGGUCUUGCAUGUGGACCAGAACAUUAUAAGUGUGAUCAGUACAUAUGUUCUGCAAGGCAUCCCUAACCUUGAACAAUUUAAUGCAGGGAACAACCCUUUCAGCUGCAAAUGCGAAUCCUUCUGGUUUGUCAAAUACUUUAAUAAGACUCUGCUCCUUGAUUGGCCGCAGAGCUAUAAGUGUGGCUUCCCAACAGAAAUGGCUGGGAAACUGCUUGAAGAGUACAGACCAAGUGAAGUGACCUGCAAAAUCUGGAUUCAAGUCCUGAUAGCAGUUCCUCUAACCUGUAUUUUUGCUGUAGCUAUUGGAAUUUCAUUUCAUAUGCUUGACGGCAUUUGGUACCUUAAGAUGCUCUGGGUAUGGAUGGCUGUUAAAAGAAGGAGUGGGGAGACAGAGAAUAGGCUGGGUAAUGCAUCUUUCCUCUAUCAUGCUUUCAUUUCCUAUAGUCAGCAUGAUCUUCCAUGGGUGGAAAGCUAUCUUGUACCAAAUCUGGAAGAGGCAGGCUUCAAACUCUGCAUCCAUCAGCGGGAUUUUGUGCCAGGCGAUUGGAUCAUAGAUAACAUCAUCAACUGCGUUGAAAACAGUUACAAGACACUGUUCAUUCUAUCCAAGAACUUUGUCCAGAGUGAGUGGUGCAAUUAUGAGCUCUUCUUUGCCCAGCACCGUGCUCUCAGCAUUCAACAAGAUUCACUGGUCUUCAUACUCUUGGAGCCAAUCCCAGCUAACUCCUUGCCCAGGAAGUUCUUGAAGCUAAGGAGUCUUCUCCAAAAACAGACAUACCUUGAGUGGCCUGGGGAUGGAAUGAAACAGCAGCUCUUCUGGGCCAGUCUCAAAAGAAUGCUUCAGGCAGGCAGCAGCUACAUGAUGCUGAAGUACACUGCUCUUCAAAUGGCAGACUCCACGCUUGAAAUGGCAGACUCUUGUUCUUUAAUUACUGUCAAACCUUAUAAGCAUUUAUGGACCCAUUUGCCAGCUGUCCAGUUGUUCCAGUUUCACCUGGGCUUUCUCUGGGCACUCCAGCUUGCUCCCACACCCUAUAUUGAUUCUACAUUGACCCAAAUGAUCUCUGAUGUUCUGUGUGUUGACCUGUUGGUCCUGCUGGCAUUAGGAGUUCAAGGCAAUGAUCAAGAAGGAAAGACCACAACAUGCAUUUUCUCCAGGAACCUAAUCAAUGAUCUCACCAACCGUCAACUAGAAGAAGUCCCAGGAGACUUGAUCCCAGACACACAGUACUUGGACCUUUCUUUCAAUAACAUAACAACCAUUGCAAAAAAAGAUCUGGCUUCCCUGUCACAACUUUGUGUCUUACAGCUAUCUUACAACAGGUUGGUGACCAUCUCCAGGGAUGCAUUUGAAAAUAACACAAAACUGGAGGUUCUCAACAUUUCCCACAAUUUAUUGGGGUUUAUCCCUCACUUGGCAAUACCAAGUCUUAGAGUCCUUGAUUUGUCUUGCAAUAUGUAUAGGAAUUACACUUGUGGGAGCUCAUUUAAGAACAUGACACACCUCAAUUUGCUUGUGCUUGGAAGUCCCAAAGCUAGAUCCGUCGCUCUGCCUGACUUUGUGUCACUCCGCCAUCUGAAUCUAGCAUAUAUGCAGUUAGGGGAUGAAGCAGGAUUGCAGCUUUAUGAAGCUGGCUCUUUUACACAACUCCCACACCUGGUGGAAAUGACACUCAUCGGGCCGUUGUGUGAUAAGACAGGCAUCUUUUCCAGUGUCCUUCAAGACCUUGAUAAAAUAAAUGUUCAGAGUUUAAGACUGGUCAAGCUUAUUCCCAAGGACUGUAAUGUCUCUACAGAAUUGUUUGACAUCCUUAAAGAUCUGAAAUCUUUGAAAAAUCUCUCUUUUAUAGACUGCUGGUUCAACAGCUCGGUAAUGACCAAGCUUGUCUUUUAUGUUGUUCAGUCUCCAGUCCAAAUUCUUACCUUGUCAAACAUGACUUAUUUUGAGGAUACCCCUGAAGGACUCCAGUUUCACGGAGUACCUGGCUUCAAUCAGACGAUCAAAUUGAAAGGUCUCGUUAUCGAAAAUGUCCUUCAUUAUCAGUAUAGCUUCCCAGUAUUCAACAUGAAUGUUUCCUAUAUCUUUCAGCUUGUGUAUCUUAAGUUCUCUGGGACAGGGAUGAGCAUAUUACCGUGCAACUUAAUAUCAUCUUUACCUUCAAUGGAAAUUCUUGACGUCUCAAACAAUCUCUUAACAAAUUAUGGCUUUUGGUGGUUCAGGUGUCCUCACAUACAUAUGUUUCCAGCAUUAAAACACCUUAACUUGAAUCGGAACAGAUUUCAAAAUCUUGAUUUCAUCUCUGAGAAGAUUCAGCUGAUCAAACAUAUAGAAACUCUGGACCUCAGCUUUAAUUCUUUAUUGCUUGGUGGAAAAUGCACAUGGCCUUCCACUUUAACCAGAAUUAGCUUGAGUAACAACAACCUUGGCAAUUCCGUGUUCAGCUGUCUGUCUCCAUAUUUCAGAAGCGUUAACCUUACAAAGACCGGGAUUACCACCAUACCAUAUGAGGUACUCUCUCAGAUGCCCAACCUAACACACCUCUACUUGAGCUCCAAUAGCAUUAGUACACUACCAGAUAACCUCCUUGUGCCGCUCUUACAGGUGUUUCAUGUGGAUUUAAAUGCUAUCAAUGUUAUCGGUAGCAGUGCGCUGAAAAGAAUGCCACAUCUCAAGGAACUGAAUGCUGCAAACAACCCCUUUAGCUGUAAGUGUGAGCUCUACUGGUUUGUUGUCACCUUUGACCAAAGCCGCCUUCUUCAAUGGCCAUGGGAGUACACCUGCCAGUAUCCUCCAGACAUGGUGGGGAAAUACUUGAUAGAAUACAAGCCUGGUAAAGUAGGCUGUGAAACAUGGAUUCAGGCUUUCAUUGGAGUUAUUUUUCUACUUGGUAUUAGUCUGGCUAUUGGUGUACCCUUUUAUAAGUUUGAUGGACUUUGGUACCUCAAAAUGCUCUGGGUAUGGAUAAGAGUAAAAAGAAGAAGCAGUAAGGAAACAGAAAGGUUGGGCAAUGCUAAUUUCCUCUACCAUGCAUUCAUUUCCUACAGUCAACAUGAUUUCCUCUGGGUAGAAAACUAUCUUGUACCCAAUCUGGAAAAAGCAGGUCUUAAAAUCUGUAUCCACCAGCGGGAUUUUGUGCCAGGAGACUGGAUCAUAGACAACAUCAUCAACUGUGUUGAAAACAGUUACAAGACGCUGUUUGUUCUGUCCAAGAACUUUGUCAAGAGCGAGUGGUGCAAUUACGAGCUCUUCUUUGCCCAGCACCGCGCUCUCAGCAUUAAGCAGGAUUCACUGGUCUUUAUACUCUUGGAGCCAAUCCCCUCUGACUCCCUGCCAAAGAAAUUCCUAAAGCUGAGGACCCUCCUUCAAAAACAGACAUACCUCGAGUGGCCUGGUGAAGGACGGAAGAAGCAGGUCUUCUGGGCCAGUCUCAAAAGAAUGCUUCAGCAGGGCAGUGGUUACAUGCAGCUGAGAAAGGCUGCUCUUGAACUGGUAGACUCUUGUUCUAGCUUGGACACUCUCAUUUAACUGAUUUUUAAAGCUAAAUACUUAGUGCGAAUAUUACAAUAUUUAUGGUAGAUAUGUUCGACUUUUAAUGUUAUUACACUGGAACAGAUUGUGUUGUACAAUAAUCAUGAAUUUCUUUCCAAUGAGAAGAUGCAUGAGUUUAUAUUAGAAAACACAUGUACCAGUGUGAAGAAAGCCAAAGGUAGUGCACUCCAAGACUGAGUCAAACGUUCAGCACUGUGGCUCAUUGGGUUACCCUAUGGCAGCACACUCAGAUGAUCUGCAUAAAUUACAUUUUUCUAAAGUUUGUCAGCUAGUCUUUAACGUUUCUACAAAUAUGCUUAUCAUUAGACAUACGGAUGUUUCAUAUGAACCUUUAUAUUGCAAAUUCUUUGCUUUAGCACGAUUGCCAAGUUAGCUUAAUAUUAGAUCCAAUUUGAUUGUAUAAUGGAAAUUGAAAUGAAUCGUUUAGAGACAUUAUUAGAAAAAUGGCUCACGAGAAUCUAAUAUUGGAAAAAGCAGAGCAAAGAAACAAAGAAAGAAAGCAAGGAAGAUGCUAAACUGCAGCUCUGAAAAACUAAACAAAGGGGGGGAUUUUUAGGUAGAGAAAAAGGGAAAUUAGCUGUUCAUUGAGGUUUUACACAAUUAUUAAACAAAUGGAGAAAUAAACACAAUUCAUCUA